AUGGUCAAGCAGAAGAAUCACACGGCGCGCAACAAGACCGUCAAGGAGCACGCGCGAGGCAUCAAGAAGGCGCGGCGCCCGCGCCACGAACUAUCGCUCAAGGGCAUUGACCCCAAGGCGCUGCGCAACAGGAAGUUUUCCUUGCGCUGGAACAAGGGAGGUCGCCCGAGCGUUGACUCGGAGUCCGACGACGACGACGAGGAGGAGGAGGAGGCGUGA